GCCAAGAUGUGUCUUGCGAUAAAAUAUCUAGACGAUAUAUAUUGUGAAUAUGGGUAGGCAGCGGAAGUUCAACGAACAAAUGGCCAUCCAGAACAGCCUUACUACCCUGCAGGGUUAGGUAUCUCUUUUCGGUUUUAUUGGCAAACUCCGGAGCGGGGGGGCAGCAAUGAGGUGUGUGUGCAGCAGACAAGACGCCAGGCUCACCAGGACUCAGCUGAAACCUGUGGGAAUCUCGGAGAUUCGAAGUUCAUGCCAUCAAACACUGCACUACUGGCUCCAUGUCCCCUCUCAAGCCCAAGGCCACGUCCGUCGCUGGACAUAAUUAGAGCUGCUGCCAUUGGUUGUUUCGGAGGACACCAUGGUUCAAACGGCCGGCGAUUCCCCGAAUUCGGUGAUCUGGCGGCGGCCCUUUGGACUCCCAGACGUCCGGGACUCUCCUACUUCCCCCGCAUCUCUGGGAUCCCGGAGCAACAGCUGGAACAGCCGGGAUGAGGUUGUCCGACGAUUUUCCGAGCCUGCAGCUCCCUCCGACAUACUUAAGACCGACAGAUAUAUCAAACGCGCCGCAGAUGCAUACAGCGAUGCCGUGGCCAAGUUGCGCCAGACUCUGAAGAAGGCAGAUGUCGACACCAUCUUGUCCGUAUCCGCCUCGACGAAACCCGAAUUAUACAAGGUGGCUCUGAGCAUACAAAAAGACCAGAACGAUGUCCUGGACAGGCGGAAGAUUGCCAAGUUUGUGGACGUCCUGGACCACUACUCGGGCUGUUUUGACGUGCUUUCGCAAUGCGACUUUUCCUACAUGACUCUGAUCUGGGGCGUCCUGAAGUUUGGUCUCAUCAUGGCGAAGAACCAUCACGAUAUGCUCUAUAAGUUUACAGACAUGAUGGUCGAGAUCGGUCUCAACUUGUCACGAGUCGAGCUGUACAGGCAUAUCUUCCCGACUGGGCGCAUGAUGGAGCUAGUGUCGGAGCUGUACGCUGCAGUGAUAGAGUUCCUGCACGAGACUAUUGUGUAUGCCCAGAAGAAGACCAUCAAGAAAUACUUCUCCUCUUUCUCGAAGCCCUUCGACCUCCAGCAUGGCCGAGUGGUGGAGAGGAUACGAAGGUUACAGCAGUGCAUCGAAGACGACGCCCGAGCUGGUGCUUUGGUCCUGCAGCUCAUCCAGACCAAGAGCCUAGCAAGACACAGAGUGGAUCUAUCUCUUCGCAGAGAUCACUACGAAACCACGCUGAGAGACAUUCACGAAGGACACACCACGCCCCUGUUUUUAGAAAUCAAGAGGACGCUUUUCCACGGUUUCGAAAUCGAGGCUGGAUAUCAUGAACAAUUAGCGGCCACCUUCAAGUUUACAUCUUCGCCGGCGUGGGCACAUUGGCUGAGCAUCGAGCAGCAAUAUGUCCCGUCGCGAUUCUCGCACGAGACGACCAUAGUGCAGGCCGAAUGCGACGCGCCUGACGCCGGAACGUGUCUCCAAUGGGUCGCCCAGGUAAGGUCCGAAUGUCCGCACGUGGUCUCGGCCUACCUGCUCUGGGCCCGCGGCAUGACGGCCCAGUCCGCCAUCGCCUCCAUCCUCUUCCAGAUGCUCCAGCAACGCCCGCAGGUCCUCUCGACCGCCGGGCUGACCAUGAAGUCGUUCCACUCGGCCAACUCGUCCCUGCCGAAGCUGUGGUCGCUCUUCCUCCACCUGGUCCGAUCCCUCGGCGGCCUCAUGGUCUACAUCUCGAUUGGGUCGGUGGGCCAGGAGGAGUUUGGCAUCGUGCAGAAGUUCGUGGACCUGUGCUCGAAGUGGGACGGGCCGCCGAUAAACGUGAUCUUGAUCCACCCGUUUGACGAGAACUUUGCGAAAGUCGAAGACUGCGUCGACCUAGACGAGAAGUACGACGUGCACCCCUCCCUGACCACGACGGAUGCCCUGCACCACGUCGUGCUCCUGAAGCUGAACGUGCACGACGAGCUAUCGGACACGGUGCAGGUGGUCUUGUGGGAGGCGCUGUGGCGCGAGGUGCGUUACGCCGUCAUUGGGAUUGCCGUCACGCAGGCGAUCGAGGAGAUCACGACGAGCGCGGAGAUCUUGAUGGGGGAGAAGGGAUGCGACGAGCGAGUCGGGAGCUUGUGGAUGUCGACGGUCUCGAAAUGGGCCAAGAAUAAAAGGGUGGUCAACACCAUCAGGGAGCAGAUCCAGCGACAUCUGGAUCUCGUCGACCUCCACCUCCCGUCCGAGGUCCGGAUGCGGAUGGUGCGGAUGGUGGAGGGCGCCGUCUCGGAUGGGAUCGGCGGAAACGGCGAGGUGGCAGAGCUGUCGAAAGCUCUGAGAGAUGGGAAGUCGAAGCCUCUGCUUGAGGACCAGCGGAGUGGCAUCUGGAAGAACAUCCAGGACGCCAUCAAACCGGCCACAUUCCAAAUGUUUUCGCAUUCGAUCCGGGGUCUGAUGGACGGGGUUCUCACCGACUACCUCGAUGAUCCGCCCGAGACGCAGAGCGAGGCCAGGAACUCGUUACAGGAACUUCACAGAGCCCAGUUUGGUUGGAACGGCAAGUGGAAGACAUCAUUUCUGGAUACCAAAGAGCCCAUUGUAGAGGGCAUAGUCGCUUCCAUCGAUGCUGGCUUCGUGGAAGUGGUCGACGCUAUCAUGGCGAACCUUUGAUUUCGAGCAGAGUUAGUUGAGUUCGGGCAAGUCAUUGCACGGGUACGAUGCUAGGCGUUUAGGUCUCUGGAUAGAGCAGGUAGGCAGGUAUCAGUGGAACAGCGUGGUGCCCGGAGUUAAAUAGGUAGUUCUCGUCCAAAUACAUCAACACCAACAAUAGUAGUAAUUGUCUUCCC